AUGACUCAACAUGUUUUCCUUGUUUCAGUUCCUCCAGAGAAGAUACACAUCUACGAUGAUAAUCGAUUAGACAAAUCUGUACUUCUUGGACCUUAUAACGAGGGCGCUACUGUCAACCUACUUUGUGUGGUUAGAGGAGGUCGCCCAAAGCCAAAAGUGAUAUGGUACCUAGAAAACACAGUCAUAGAUGAUUCGUACGAGGUACGACCAGAUGGAUUCGUGCACAAUCAUCUAACAUUUCCCAACGUGGGCAGACAGCAUUUGCACGCCCGUUUGAUCUGCCAAGCCAGCAACACCAACAUCGUACCCCCUAUGACUAAAGCAGCUGUUUUAGAUGUCAAUCGUAAGUGUAUAUCGAGUGUGCAAAAAAUUAGCCUUCUUAAUAUGGUUGCAAGCAGUUGUGUAGAAGAGGUCGUUGUCCAGCGAUUUGCCCAUAUACUCGUAUUAAACAAUCUACCCGACAUUACCCAUAAAUGA